UAAAUUCAUACUCAAAUUGAAAAAAUCCUUCGUUUGUAAAAUACAUUAAUGUUCGGCCACAAAAUUAAUUCAAUUAUUGAGGAACUUUUAUUUAGGUGUAUUCAAAUUUUACGUUAUUUCAUAAAAAUGGAUAUAAAUAAAGAAUUUGCUCAAGAAACUGAGGAACAACAUUCUCAGGAAGAUUCAUCUGUUUCCCAAAAAUCUUGCAAAAAAUGUAAAAUUGUUUGUAAAUCUUCAUCUCAAUGUGAAAAUUGCAGCACGAUGAUGAUAAAAUGUAAACUGAAUCCAAGUAGUAGAUGCGAUGCACCAGUUGCAUUGGUAAAUAGCAGUACGAAUUUGCAGAUGAAUGCUGAGUUUGAUGUUUUCAAUCUGAGACAGCUUUAUCAAAUGUCCGGUCAUAGUCUACGAAGUUUAAGGACUUCAAACAAAAAGUCCGCAAUAUCAAACCACUCAAAUUCGAGUGCCUUGGUAUGCAAGCCAAAUAAUAAGAAGAUCGGUGGCAGUUUUCAUAGCAUAAAAAUUCAAAUUUGCAAUAUGCCAACUCUGCAGGAAGCCCAUAUAGAAGAUGAAAAUGCGAUAGAGAUGCCAGCCACAAAUGACGACAAGAGUUUUACCAAAGAAUCCGUAUCAGGACCUGAAAACCAGAAUUUCACUUCUCACAGUUCGAAAUCGAUAGAUCUGGAUUUAAGUAAAAUUGAAGAUUUAAGCCAAGAUGAUAUCAUUGUUAUAAGCAGCGAUGAUGACGAUGAAAAGUCCCUUGAAACUGGUGUAUCAGAAAUCGAUAUAGAAGUUAAAUCCACCCAUAACAGUGGAGAUUCUAUAAAUAAAACAAAAACAGCCAAAGCUAUAUGUCACUCAACCAAAUGCACACAGAUUCCAGCUGAAGCAAAUUGUUUACCAGCCAAUACCCAAACUCAGUUGUGUGUUAAAAUGCAUCCACCACGCCUAUUUCAAAUACCAUCAUCGUCAUCUUCUUCGGGUCAUAACGGUUCCAUUACCCAACCACUUACAGCAUCCAUUCCCAAUGGCCACAAACAACGACAAUUGGAAUUGCAUCGAUUACGAGUUCAAGUGCUGGAACUUAAGCGGAAGUUGUUGGAACUUAAGCUGAAGCGAGAACGUGAUGAAAUGAAACGAGAACAAAUAGCAUUUGAACGAAAACAGGGAACAGUAAUUUCCUCAUUUCAUGAUUUAAAUUAUGAAAGAGAUGUUUAAACCUUAAAAUCAAUAAAUAAUUUUUUAUAAUUUACUAAAGAACAUUAAAAUUUUUUUAUUAGUCGUUAAAUUUUGGUACCAUCCAUUCUAAUAUUUAUAUCUGAUAUAUUAGGUAGAAAAUCGAAAUAUCAAAUAAUAGAUCGUUUGACACACUC